AAAAUCGAAAAUGUACAUAGCUGUUCCAGCUGAAAUACUUGGAAUAAUUCUACCACUUCUACUAGGAGUAGCCUUUUUAGUGCUAGCUGAACGUAAAGUAAUGGCUUUUGUGCAACGUCGAAGGGGGCCUGAUGUAGUGGGAUCGUUUGGAUUGUUACAACCUCUAGCAGACGGUUUGAAAUUGAUUCUAAAAGAACCUAUUUCACCAAGUAGUGCUAAUUUCUCCCUUUUUAGAAUGGCUCCAGUGACUACAUUUAUGUUAAGUCUGGUCGCUUGGGCCGUUGUACCUUUUGAUUAUGGUAUG